AUGUUUCAGCAUGCAAUUUCAAUUAGCAUACCACCAACUCCAAAAACAGUUGGCUUCACUGAUAACAAUGAGACUAUAGAUACUCCUGAGUUUGCUGCUAAAUCAACAGAUCAUAUGCAAACAAAAGUUUAUUCUCAGCCUAUGCCAAGAGCUAUUACUACUACUACUGCUGCAUCUUUAGCUGCAGCUACUAGGCUUGAGAGGCAAUUCUCGAAUUUGCGUGGGAAUAAACAUUACGAAACAGAAGAAAAGUCCAUCUCUCAACCCAAUACCAAACGGGAAGCUAAUACUCCUAUUAAUAUUCCUGUGGACCGAUAUUUUGAUGCCUUGGAAGGGCCAGAACUUGACAAGCUUAGGACCUCUGCGGAAAGUGUUCUUCCACAGAACAAGACAUGGCCAUUUCUACUCCGUUACCCUAUUUCAUCGUUUGGUAUUAUUCUUGGUGUUAGCAGCCAAGCUAUAAUGUGGAAAGCCUUGGCCACUUCUGCCUCGACCAAAUUCGGCAACAUAAGCAUGGACGUAAACGUCGUGCUCUGCCUCAUCUCUGCUGCACUGAUGGUAACUUAUACACUGAAGAUCAUUUUCUACUUUGAAACAGUUCGUAGAGAGUACUACCACCCGUAUGUGAACCCAAAACAACACUUUUCCCUUCAAUGA